AUGGACGCCAUCACGCCUCAACGCCGGAAGAAGAUCCUGCGGGUGCUGUUCAUCUCUCUCCUUCUCGACCUGAUCUCGUUUACAUUCAUCCUGCCUCUCUUUCCCUCGCUGCUCACCUUCUACCGCGGACUCGAGACGCACCCCAACUCUGCUCUGAACCGCAUCCUUCACUACCUGAACGCAUACAAGUCGUCCUUUGCCGUGCCCAUCAAUGAGAAAUACGAUAUAGUUCUGCUCGGGGGCGCACUGGGCUCCCUGUUCUCGCUUUUGCAAGCCAUCGCAUCCCCGAUCAUCGGACGGGCGUCGGACAAAUAUGGUCGAAGAACGGCGCUGCUAUGGAGCAUGUGCGGCAAUAUUGCAAGCGUGGCGCUCUGGUGCUUCGCGGUGGACUUCCGCACUUUUCUCCUCAGCCGCGUCGUGGGCGGGUUGAGUGAAGGGAAUGUCCAGCUGGCGACGGCCAUUGCGACGGAUAUCAGCACAGAGGAGCAGAGAGGAUCGACCAUGGCCCUAGUGGGCGCGUGUUUCAGCGUGGCCUUUACCUUUGGUCCCGCAAUGGGGGCCGCGCUCGCAAGUAUCACCACCGUGAUCGCCAACCCGUUUGCGACAGCCGCUGGCUUUUCUCUGCUCCUGAUUGUUCUCGAGACGCUAUACCUCUAUUUCCAGCUUCCCGAGACAAGACCCGUGAAGGCUACGGCUUCCGACUCGAAGACUGCGAAGUCCGACUCGACCCCUUUCCAACAUACCAACAACCCCAUGAUUCUGAACGUUAUCCACCUGUUGUUCCUCCUCCCUUUUUCCGGGAUGGAAUUCUCCUUGCCGUUCUUGAUCACCUCUGUUCUCUUCCCCGACACUCCAUCACCCUCGAAAAUCAACGGCCGAUUGCUGGGAUUUGUCGGAUUGAUUGCUUCGCUGCUUCAGGGAUCGAUUGUCCGUCGCCUGCCUCCUCUGACGGUGGUGAAAACAGGUGUCGUCUCCAGCACUCUGGCCUUUUUUCUCCUAUCUCGUAUAGACAACACGACGGGCUUGUACUGCGCGGGCGCAUUACUUGCCGUGACCUCAGCUACAGUUGUGACGGGGCUGAACAGUUUGGGUAGCUUUGAAGCGCGAGAGAGUAAUAGAGGAGAAGUCUUGGGAGCUCUGCGGAGCUGGGGUCAAUUCGGAAGAGCAUUGGGCCCCGUUGUGUUUUGCAGUCUGUUUUGGUGGGCUGGUCGCGAGACGGCCUAUUUGAUCGGUGGCAGUGCUAUGUUGGGCGUUACCGUCCUGGUUUUCACCAUGUUGAAGGCUCCAAAAGUUGAAAAGAAAAAGGUAUGA